GCCGCUGCUGUGAUAACGAAGGAAUUGGUUGAGAUAAAGAUCUCAUAUGAGGGAAUGAUUGUUGUAGAAGUAAUAGUAUCAUCAAUCAUGACUGCAGAAUUAGGCGAAAUAGAAUCUAUAGAAACAGCCGAUCCACGACGUUUAGAAAUUGUAUUUGGAGUUUUUGCUGCCAGCAGUAAUUUUGUAAUGUCUUCAUCUCCAUCCACAACGGAAGAACGCCUUCGCGAUGAUCUUGAUGGAGAGAAAAUAUUUGGUGAUAGAAACAUUGAAUUUGGUGGUAACAAAGCAAAAAAUGAAUAUGGGUUUUUAGUUUCAAAUAUAUUUGCUUCAGAAUAUGCUAAAAAUAUAUUAGAAAAUUUAGAAUUGAAAGAUCGUAAAUUAGUUAACUUGAUAAAAGCUUGUGAACAAGAAUUAAGAAUCAAGACAAAAAAACGUAUUAAUGAAGAUAAAGUUAAAGAUGAAAUCAUUAAAAAACUAAAAUGUGAAAAUACUUUACUUAAAAAACGUAUCGAAAAAUUAGAAAAUGAAGAGAAUAACAAAGAAAUUGAAGAAGUAAACCAAGAAAAAGAAGCGAAAGAAUUAUAA